CUGAGUCGGGAGUGAUUGUGUAGGUGUGUGGAGGUGUUUCGUAGAUAUUGAAACUAGUUGGAGGUUAGUAGGGCGUUCGAUAACUUUGUGAGAUAUAGUAAUAUAUUACAGUCCCGUAUAUCAGACUUUGGAAGUCCCGGAGAUUUCAUAAGUUAUAUUCGAGUUCUAUUUCCCAGGGCUUAUGAUGCCGACACAGCGGGACAGUUGCGUGUCCCAGCCAGGCGAGAAUCCCCAUCAAGUCCGGGUAAAAGCUUACUACAAGGGGGACAUCAUGAUUACCAGCUUCGAGCCGUCCAUCUUGUAUGAAGGUCUUUCCAAUGAGGUGCGAGAGAUGUGCUCGUUUGAGGAUGACCAGCUCUUCACUAUGAAGUGGAUUGACGAAGAAGGUGACCCCUGUACUGUCUCUUCUCAGUUGGAGUUGGAAGAAGCUCUUCGGCUUUACGAACUGAACAAGGAUUCGGAACUGAUUAUCCAUGUACUUCCAUGUGUGCCUGAAAAACCUGGAAUGCCCUGUCCUGGAGAAGACAAAUCCAUCUACCGCAGGGGGGCCCGGCGCUGGAGGAAGCUCUACUAUGCAAAGGGACACACCUUCCAGGCAAAGAGGUUUAACAGGCGAGCACACUGUGCCAUUUGUACAGACCGGAUCUGGGGACUGGGGCGCCAGGGAUACAAGUGCAUUAACUGCAAGCUCCUGGUCCACAAGAAGUGUCACAAACUGGUCACCAUAGAAUGUGGAAGACAUGUUAUACAGGAUGCUACGGAGCCUAUGGGUUCAUCUUCAACACAUGCUGAUGAUUUACUACCAGUUAUUUCUUAUAAAUCUACAAGUCAUGAUGAAAAUUUGGAACAUGUCGGGGAAGAAAAGGAGGCUAUGAGCAGUAGAGAAAAGGGCAGAGCUCCUUCCAGUUUAGGACUGGCAGACUUUGAUUUAAUCCGUGUCAUUGGCAGAGGCAGCUACGCCAAAGUGCUGCUGGUCCGUUUAAAAAAAACAGAACGCAUCUACGCCAUGAAAGUGGUGAAGAAGGAGCUUGUGAAUGACGAUGAGGAUAUUGAUUGGGUGCAGACGGAGAAACACGUUUUCGAGCAAGCAUCAAACCACCCAUUCCUCGUGGGAUUGCAUUCCUGUUUCCAGACAGAGAGCAGGUUGUUUUUUGUCAUUGAAUAUGUCAAUGGUGGAGAUUUGAUGUUUCACAUGCAGCGGCAGAGAAAACUUCCAGAAGAGCACGCCAGGUUUUACUCUGCGGAAAUCAGCUUGGCAUUAAACUACCUUCAUGAACAUGGGAUCAUAUACAGAGAUCUGAAACUGGACAACGUCUUGCUUGAGUCAGAGGGACACAUUAAACUCACUGAUUAUGGGAUGUGUAAGGAAGGCUUGCGUCCUGGGGACACCACCAGCACAUUCUGUGGUACUCCCAACUAUAUCGCCCCGGAGAUCCUGCGAGGAGAAGAUUAUGGUUUCAGUGUAGAUUGGUGGGCGCUGGGAGUUCUGAUGUUUGAAAUGAUGGCAGGAAGGUCCCCCUUUGACAUCGUGGGAAGCUCUGAUAACCCUGAUCAGAAUACAGAGGAUUAUCUAUUCCAAGUUAUUUUGGAAAAGCAAAUCCGUAUCCCACGUUCCUUGUCUGUCAAAGCUGCUAGUGUUCUAAAGGGUUUCCUUAACAAGGAACCCAAGGAACGUUUAGGCUGCCACCCUCAAACAGGUUUCGCUGACAUCAUGGGGCAUCCGUUCUUCAGAAAUGUUGACUGGGACCUUAUGGAGCAGAAACAAGUGAUUCCUCCUUUCAAACCCAACAUUUUGGGAGAGUUUGGACUAGAUAAUUUUGAUGCUCAGUUUACCAAUGAACCUAUACAGCUCACUCCAGAUGAUAACGAUAUUGUCAAGAAGAUUGAUCAGUCCGAAUUCGAAGGCUUUGAAUACAUCAACCCUCUUUUAAUGUCUGCUGAAGAAUGCGUCUGAAUAGAUAAAAAAAAAAUAAUGUUUCAUUUGACUGCUAUUACCUUUUAAAUUUCUGCGUGGUUAGAAAUCAUAUUAUCUGAAAGAUGUCCUUUUAAAAUACUAAAGCUGUUAGUAUUUCAGCUGCUAAUCCUGCUGCUCUCAUGCCAGUUAGAGCCCAUAAUCCUGGUGUAGCUUGUAACCAGCUGUUACUGCAGAUUUCAUACUUUGAUACAUACUUAAAUUAAUGUUUAGAUGGAAACCUAUAUACUUUGAUCUUCAAUACAAGUUUGACUAUUUACUGUCAAGAACCUCUAACGUAGAAAUGGUGUAGUUUUUUAUAUUCCCUUAUGUAUUCAGGGUAAUAUUAGAAGGUUUCUCACAAAAACUAAAAAUCAAAUCAUGUUGAAAUAGCUUGAAUUUCAGUUUCAUGUACAAUUGCUAGAUUAAAAAGCUAAUUCCCUCACCAGUCCAUAGGUUGUAAUUGGCAGCAGAACUGUUGAAAACUGAAACCAUUUCUACUCUUGCAGGAAAAAUAUACAAAACGAUACAUGAACCCCUUGUGUGGUAAUGGCUGGGGAGGAAAAAAAAAACGAGGUUACAGACUAUGAAUGAUUAAAGACUAUUGGUUGCAGAGCUAAAAAUGAGCAGUUAUCUUCAGAGCUCAGCUUUAGAAAAAAGGGACCUCUGCUUUUAAGUCACAGGCCAGUGGAACUUUUUUAAUAUAUAUAUUUGUUAAACUGUGAAUGAUACCAGUGAUCUUUGUUUUUAGUUAGAGCCCUCCAAAAACACAGAUAGAUUUAUACAAACACUGGCAGAUGUACAUGCCAACACUGCAUUGAGUAUUUUACUGCUAGAACUCAAAGUAAACAUUUUACAGUCUAAAGGAACACUUUUUCGAAGUCUGGUUAGUGUGUGUUUUUGUUUGUUUUUUAAUGCUGACCAAAGCCUUUUGGAAUACUUUUUGACAGCCUUUGAAAGAAAGAUUGGCAGUUUUAAAACCUGUAUAUAGUAAGAGUAUUUUGAAAGACGGUUCACUGUGUAGUGCAAGGCACCAAAGUUUGAGCUUCUGAAAAUACUUUUUAAAUCAAACGUUUCACCCAGAUUCUGUCCAGAACCCAACUUGCUUUAUUUGUUUCAUUGAAGUUCCACCUCUUAUUUUAUCAACUUCAAUAUUUAAUGGAAAAGGGUGACAACUAAAUGCCAUAGCACUGAGAGCCUGUAAGAAAGGGUAUCACACUUGUAUAAUGUUUAUCUGUCAAAGUCUAGUGUAAUAGAUCACGUUAGUGUUUGUGCAUUUUUAGGAAUGUAUAAUUUUAUUGUCAUACUAAAAAGUCUGCAAAUGUCCUUAACAGUAAUCCCUUUUGCAUUUUUGUUUUACACCAGUACCAGUCCCAGUCCAGGGUUAGUAACACAAGGAAAACAUAUUGAAAUUAACUUGCAGGCACUGUAAUGCAAUGAACGUAUUAAAACGUUGAAGUGUUGUCUUUUGUGCGUGUCAGGCUUUUUGGGUAGUCCCCAGCUCCUCUUCAUUUGUUGGUAUUUAAACAAGGAGGAUAUCUAAAGGAAGGUGUGACUGUCAGAAACCAACUGGCUUGGCUGUAAAGAAUCUGAGAGGAGCUUUAUAUUUACAACCCUCUAGUGAGCAUUGAUCUAGACAUCAUUUUAAAUGACGGCAUAGCAUGCAACACUUGUGUGAUUAAGCGGUGGAAACCUGUUUUAGCUUUUCUAUAGAUGUAGGAUAUCUAAAGCGGUAUCUCCUUUGGCAUCAACAAAGGGAAAUCUACACAGACCAAAUACAAGUUGUGAGUUUGUCCUUGCAUAUCAUCUGCAGCCCUGGAGUGAAAAUGCCUGCCAAACCUGCAAAUAAAUGUAUAGUGGAACAUUACUAAGGGGUUGAUUUGAUCAACCUGUACCCUGCUGGGUUAAAUCACAGCUGGAUUUCACAGCUCGAUGGAAGUAGCCCUUGAUUGUAUUAAGCAUCUUUCCAUGGUGAUUCUAACAUUGCCCCAAAAAACUAAAACUGUGGCUUAUCCCACUUCAUCUCUGCUGGUGUGUUCUAUCGUAUUGCAAUAAAAAAUAAAACUAUAUGACAUAGAUGUAAAAUUACUGGUUCAUUGUAUAUGAAGCCAAGUUAAUUGGGUAGCCUUGUAUAGAGACUGGUAGUUUCAGUGGAGACUCCUAUAGAUUCACUCUCUGCAUGCACUUGAGGUGGAUGCAGAACUCAAAGGCAGAGGCCAUUUGAUAUCCAAUGCCUUAAACACCUAUGACAGAUGUUGGCUAAUGUACUACUGAGUUUUUUUGUUUUUUGUUUUUUUUGGGGGGGUUUUCUUAUCCCUUGUUAACGGUGAAUAGGGUCUGUGAAAUGCAAGAGAAGGUAUAGCAUGCAUAGGACAGAUCAGUGAGAUGGUUCUCUUAGUGAGCGAUUGGUACAGGCUUUGUUUUUCGUUAACAUCUAUUUAAAAAGUGUUAAAAAAAAUGCUGAUCUUUUUUUCUUUCAACUGCCAUUAAUUUAGUAUACCCUAAUAGAGAAUUGAAUUUUUUCUCUUGAGUUUACCUGUUAUUUUUAUAUUGUUUUACAAACAAAAAUGGUAUAGGGACACAAAGAAACAAUGUAAAAAUGUAUCAAUUUUAAUGUGUUAUUUAGUUAUGUUUUUUUUUCUUUUUUUUUGUACCUCGUUACACUUUUUUUCCUGAAAUCCUUUUCAAACACUACUUAUUUUUUGACAUGCUAUUACAAAUGCCAUAACACUAUCUUGUUUAAUUUACUUAAUUUGCUUUUAUUGUAUUUUUGUUUUGUUCACGGGUAAAGUGUCUACAAUAUACUGUACUGCAGUCAAAGUGGAAAACAAGUCAGGUAACCGGGUAAUCAGGAAACAGACCAGCAUGCAAAGCAUAUCUCUUUUAUAUUGAAUUAUUCUAACGCGCAUGGAAAUCUCAGUGCUACUUUGAAUAUUUUUUUUUUUUUAAGAUUCAAGCGCUGGCACGUGUAAUAUGGUGGGGGUUGAGGCAUAGUUGACUGUGAACAUAUUCAAUUGAUUGACGAAAAAACACAAUACUCUGUUUUGCUUAAAGAACUGUUGGUUUUAUAAAUCAAACUUGCAUCUUGUAAAAUGACAAGCCUGUUAUACUUGCUUUGUGGUAGCUGAUUACCUGAUGCAACCUGACGAUAUUUCCACAAUGACUGUUGAGAUAAUAAAUGUGGUUAUGUUAUAAAUGAUAAAUUAAUACAGCAUUAAUAUGUUCUUGUUUGUUUGUCUAAAAAUAGACCGGAAACGGUGCUGUACAAUAUCAUAAAUGCCAAAUACAAUUUGUUUUUUCUUUUAAAGAA